CUCGCAGCACCGUGCACAGGCACUGCAGACGGCGGCCAGGCCAUGCCCCGGUUCACCGUGCACGUGCGUGGAGAGUGGCUGGCGGUGCCCUGCGUGGACCCGCAGCUCACGGUGGGCUGGCUGGGCCGCGAGGCCAUUCGGCGCUAUGUCAAGAACAAGCCAGACAACGGCGGCUUCUCCUCGGUGGACGAUGUCAGCUUCCUCAUGCGCCGCUGCAAGGGGCUGGGCCUGCUGGACAAUGAGGACCCGCUCGAGGUGGCCCUGGAGGACAACGAGUUCGUGGAAGUGGUGAUAGAAGGGGAUGCCAUGUCUCCUGACUUCAUUCCAUCGCAGCCAGAAGGGGUUUACCUAUACAGCAAAUACCGGGAACCAGAAAAGUUCAUCGAGCUGGAUGGUGAUAGUCUGACCACUGAGGACCUGGUCAACUUGGGCAAAGGCCACUACAAAAUCAAGCUCACCCCAGCCGCUGAGAAGAGGGUGCAGAAAUCCCGGGAAGUCAUAGAUAGUAUCGUGAAGGAGAAAACAGUUGUUUAUGGCAUUACUACAGGCUUCGGGAAGUUUGCCAGAACAGUGAUUCCUAUCAGCAAGCUAGAAGAGCUUCAAGUCAAUUUAGUCCGCUCCCAUUCUUCAGGUGUUGGGAAACCACUAAUCCCUGAGAGAUGCCGGAUGCUGUUGGCUUUAAGGAUCAAUGUCUUAGCUAAAGGCUACAGUGGCAUUUCCCUGGAGACCCUCAAGCAAGUGAUUGAAGUGUUUAAUGCCUCCUGCCUAUCCUACAUUCCAGAGAAAGGAACUGUCGGAGCCAGUGGAGACCUUGCCCCACUCUCCCACCUUGCUCUUGGGCUCAUUGGAGAAGGGAAGAUGUGGUCUCCAAAGAGUGGUUGGGCUGAUGCCAAAUACGUCCUGGAAGCCCAUGGAUUGAAACCAAUUGUUUUGAAACCAAAAGAGGGUCUGGCGCUCAUCAAUGGGACCCAGAUGAUCACCUCCCUCGGCAGUGAAGCUGUAGAGAGAGCCAGCGCCAUUGCCCGGCAGGCAGACAUUGUGGCUGCCUUAACGCUUGAGGUGCUGAAGGGCACCACCAAGGCCUUUGACACGGACAUCCAUGCUGUUCGUCCUCAUCGCGGGCAGAUCGAGGUUGCUUUUCGGUUCCGGUCACUGCUGGAUUCAGACCACCACCCAUCUGAAAUAGCAGAAAGUCACAGGUUCUGCGAUCGUGUGCAGGAUGCCUACACCUUGCGCUGCUGUCCACAGGUCCAUGGUGUGGUGAACGACACAAUAGCCUUUGUGAAGAACAUCAUUACUACGGAACUGAACAGUGCAACAGAUAAUCCUAUGGUCUUUGCCAGUAGGGGAGAAACUAUUUCUGGAGGAAACUUCCAUGGUGAAUACCCAGCUAAAGCCCUGGACUAUUUGGCCAUUGGUGUCCAUGAACUUGCUGCAAUUAGCGAAAGAAGAAUUGAAAGGCUCUGUAACCCCGCCCUUAGUGAAUUGCCUGCUUUCCUGGUGGCUGAAGGGGGUCUGAACUCUGGGUUUAUGAUUGCCCACUGCACAGCGGCAGCCCUCGUGUCUGAGAGCAAGUCGCUAUGCCACCCCUCAUCUGUGGACUCCCUCUCUACCAGCGCUGCCACGGAAGACCACGUCUCUAUGGGAGGAUGGGCGGCAAGGAAGUGCCUCAGGGUCAUCGAGCAUGUGGAGCAAGUGCUGGCCAUUGAGCUUCUUGCAGCCUGCCAGGGCAUUGAGUUUCUACGCCCCCUGAGAACAACCACUCCACUGGAGAAGGUCUAUGACCUGGUGCGCUCUGUUGUAAGGCCUUGGAUUAAAGAUCGCUUCAUGGCCCCAGACAUCGAGGCUGCUCACAGGCUACUGGUGGAUCAGAAGGUUUGGGAAGUAGCUGCACCAUACAUUGAGAAGUACAGAAUGGAGCAUAUUCCCGAAUCAAGACCUAUUUCUCCAACAGCCUUUUCACUGCAAUCUCUACACAAGAACGACACCAAAAUUUCAGAGUCUGGAGAUCUCUAGUGUGUGUAUGGUACUUAAAUUAGAUGGUACUUUGUUUAACAGCAAACACUAGCAGGCUGAAAGGAGACCAGUGCAUUUCCCUGGGUAGUUGAAUGUAGGAUAUAAUUCAGUUCUUCUAAAAGCUACUUUGGUUUGGUAGGUGACACCAUUGUAGUUGCUAAAUCUAGUACCAUAAGCACUGUAUUUGUGGUGAAUUUGUUUGAUAUGCAUCUAAUAUUAGGAGUUUUCUUUCUUAAAUAUACCAAGAGGCAACUCACCCAGAAUUGCCAGGGUCUUUUUCUUUUAGCAUGAAAUGAACUCAAAUCUGAUUAAAAGCAUUCUUUCUUUUUC